AUGCCUCCCCGCCGAAGAGCAUCCGCCAAAGCCUCCUAUGCCCCACCACCUGCCUUCUCCGACGACGAAGACUCUGACUCUGACGACAGCGCUGGGCCUAGUGCCCGGCCCAAAUCCCAAGCCAAGGCCAAUGGGAAGGGAAAGGGAAAAGGCAAAGGGAAGGCGAAGAUGGAUAGUGAUGAGAGUAUGGAUUCUGGCGACGGGAGUGCGUUCGAGCCCGACAUGAGUGAAGCCGAAGCCGUCAAAGAAGAAAGCGACCCCAGCUCUGCAUCCGCAUCUGGCUCUGAAGACGGAGAAGGGUCGGAGGACGAUUUCUCUAGAGAUCCAAGUGAACCCCCCCUCCGCUCAAUUGGUUCUCUCCUCCCCCCAUCCGCCCCUGCAAAAGGCAAGAAUCGCGCAAGAGAAAGUACCGCCAAGGGGCCCAAGAGCAGGUCGACAAAAGCCAACGGCGGUAAAGGCGUCAUCACUCUCCCCCAGACUCUUUCUCUGGGCGAAUUCAAUAGCAGCAAUACCGAGAUUCUCGCUGGCGUACCGGCAACUUAUAUCAAAGAAAUAUCCUUGAUGUCCGAGCUACUGGCGCGUAAACCCCAAGACGCCGCCGCGUACGAUUCUGCGAAAGGGCAAAGUAAACCCAAAGGCCAUUACAACAAAGUCGGCGCUCUCCCCUUCCCCCACCCCCUCCCAUACUCUACCUUCCUAAAAACCGAUCCCAAAUUCGGCAGUCUCCCGAACCCCCCCGUGCGCCGGGUGGUCGGUCAGAGAGAGGGAGAGGGAGGGACGGAGAAGCAGCAGAGAGCGAGGUUUAACAAGGAGGCGGGGAGAUUGGCGUUGGGGGUACCGUGGGAGAUGUGGCGUGGGGAUGUUUGGUGGCCUGAGAUGUUUGUUGAAGGAUCUGGCGGGAGGCAGGGGAAGGGGAAGGAGGGGGACUGGUUGGCUUUUGAUGAUGUCACCCUUGGCCUCCAGAACGUUGGUAGAAAGAAGAAAGAAGACUUGACCUUCCUCAGCUCCGAACAAGCAAAAGCAUACCUCCCCUCCCCCGACGAACCAUCUAUCACCAUCCACGUCGGCCCGCGUACGACACAAUCAGUUGUGAAGAUGAAAGCUUUUGAUGUCCUCCCCAUCGUGGAAACCAACCCGAUAGUGCCCCAACCAGCAUUUACAUUCUACGCCGGCGGGCCUGUGACGAGUAUCGAUUGGUGUCCUAUGCCUGCUUCCAAGGCUGCUCAUUUCAAAAACACCCAAUACCUCGCGAUAUCCACCCUACCCCAUGUCAACAGCAGUCCGAGGAUGUACGACCGUGCCCCACCAGACACUCGGGGGUCCAUCCAGAUUUGGGCUUUGGUGCCUCCCAGUCAUCAUACCCCUGCCGAUUCCGAACCUCUUGAUGUCUCUUCGGGACAGGGACAAGAUGGUGACGAGGAUACCACCAUGCAAGAAGGAGGUAGUGCUGGACAAGGGUCAAAAGGAGAGAUGGACGGGUCCCUGAAAUGCGUGCUCACACUUUGUAUUCGAGGUGGUAGCGCGUUGGAUAUCAAGUGGAUGCCUAUAGGUGCUUGGGACGAUUACGACCCAGAGACCGUCGCUCAAGGUGGAUCCGGUGAAGCUGUACCAAAGUUGGGUGUAUUGGGAGCGGUGCAGGUGGAUGGGAGUAUCUCGUUCUAUGCUGUACCUCAUCCUAGAGCUCUUGGGCAGGGGGAGUCUGGUGAACCUCUUCAUCUGGAACUCGACAAACCAUUAUACAAGCUUCAGCUAGAAGACAGCAUGUUUACCUGUUUCGAUUGGUUAUCCGGUUCCACGAUCGGUGCUGGCUUGGAUAACGGAAGUGUAGCAGUAUACGACAUCCUCCCUCUCCUCUCCUCCCCCAACCCCAACCCCAGUCCUCCCCUCCCAAUCCUCUACACCUCCGUAUCCUCCUCCGCCCUCUCCUCCCUGACCGCCUCCCGCCACCCUCCCCAUCCCACCCAGCUGGGUUCACCAGCCACGAUGAUGUCAGUAGGCGGGUGGGAUGGGAGUUUCGUGCUUUUGGAUACCCGGGAUGGGGGGUUGGGUAUGCUUGUUCGGCGGCAGAAUCUACCGAUUAUGUGUACCGGCUGGUCCACCUUCCUCCCCGGCCCCAUGAUGGGCAACCUUGACUACAACGUCGAGAUCACCACGCUCGGCACGAAAUCACGGUUGAUGAAUAAAGGUCGCGGUACCGUCCUUGGUGGGCACAAGGGCACUGUUCUGAGUUUGUCAGCGUCGGUAUUCCAUCCGAUGGUCAUGUCGGGUUCGGCAGAUGGGUCUGUCAUGAUGACGAACCAAUUCGAUCCUCUUCGGCGUGUCGGCCAAGGCGGUCGUCAAUUAGAAUCCCACACAAUCUACACCCUCUCCCACUCCCCCCUCCUAAACGCCUACCGCCUAACCGACGACCACCUCCCCACCUCCACCCCGCUCGCCAACCUCACCGGCAAACCACCCAAAGGCGAGCCCGCCUACAACGUCAAGCAUCCGGCGUGGGAUGUGAGUGUGGGUGUAGGGGCUGUUCGGUGGAAUUGUGCCGGGGGGCUGGGGCAGGCGGGGUGGUGUGCUAGUGGGACGGGGGUUGGGAUUGGGAGGGUUGAUUGGGUUGAUGGGAGGUAUCUUGAUUAA